CAAUAGAGGUGAAGCUUGUGCUCUGGAUGGCUCAUGAUUCGCCGUCCAUUUCAGAUUGAUUUCCAUAGCCAAUCAACUCGGGUUCGUCCGGAUUUCACCCAAUUAAGGCAUUGAGAUGGAGCAAUUUCAAGUGACCACAGCAUCUGAUGGUCAGCAGCAGCCCUCACAAGUUAUCAUGCAGCCUUCACAGGUCCAAGGCUUGCAAACACAGGGACAGUUGGUACAGAUAAAUCAAGGCCAACUAAUGUCUGGCCAGCAGAUUAUCACCAUGCCCCAGGGACAGACUCUGCAACUAGCUGGACAGCAGGGAUUUCAGCAGACACAACCUUUACAGUUUCAAGUUGGACAGCACCAACAACAACAGCAGCAAAAUCAAUCGCAGCAGAUUCAGGUUCUACAGGUUGGGCAACAGUUGACUAAUUCACAAGGACAACAGAUAAUCAUUCAACAACCCCAGGGCCAGGGUCAGCAGGCAGUGACUGGGCAGAUUAUCCAGAUUGGGGACAGUCAGGCCAUCAUCUACCAGCCUGCAGGGGGAGGGGACAAUGUGGCUCAGAUGUUACAAAUACAGCAACCUAACCAGCAAGCAGGUCAGGUUAUCCAGAUUCCUACCAGUCUAGCCACCCAGACAGCCCAGGCCUCCACUGCCAGUAGUAUGCCCACCACUAUCACUAUUCCUGGCACAGGGGGGCAGGGACAGGUUAUCAUGAUGGUCCCAACCAACACAACAUCCACAGCCUCUGGAGGUGGAGCUGCCAUGCAGAGGUUGCCCCUCCCUGGUCAGGAGGUUAUGGAGGAGGAGCCAUUGUACGUGAAUGCCAAGCAAUAUCACAGGAUACUCAAACGGCGGCAAGCCAGGGCUAAAUUGGAGGCAGAGGGAAAAAUACCAAAGGAGAGGAAAAAAUAUCUUCAUGAAAGUCGUCAUAAGCAUGCAAUGAAUAGAUCUCGUGGGGAAGGCGGUCGCUUCUAUUCUCCUGGAGAGAGAAAACAACGAGAAGAACAAAGAAGGGAAGAGCAAAGGAGGAAAGAUAAUAAUCAUCAAAAUAUUUUAGACUCAUCACUAACAAAUGCAUCCUUUCAUGAACUAUUGCGGAAUACAAACUCUGCUCCUCUAAUACUACAUGCUGAUGGCACAGAUUCAACAGCAGAUAAUGCAGUUACAGAAGUCAACAGCUAAAGGAGCAUAUUAGAGGUCCUCAGCUAAAUAAAACAAUUUAAAAGGGAAUUUACUUUUUAAAAGUUAAUUGCCCUGUUCCAUGAUCAGAAUGGUCAGUCUUUCAUUAUUCCUUGGUGCUCUUUUUCAACACCUUAAUUGCGUUUGAUUUUUCUUUUCCUAGUUUUCUUGGAAUAUUUAAGAAUCAUUUAUUUUCUAAAUGUCAAACAUAAUAAGAGGUGAAGCACAAAAGAAUCUUUAAAAUGAAAAAUGACUUUUUACAAAGCAUAUGCACAUUUUUGUACUUGGCUUUAUUCUGUUGUAUGUUAAUACCUUAAGUAGAGAAUUUGAAUAUAGGUACCUUGUGGUUUAAAUGAUCAGUCCUGUCUCAGUGUUUGACAAUCAAACAUUUAGAAAUAUACCAUUUGAUUUGUGGUUGUAUAGAAUGUACUUGGUACAACUUAGAACAACUUGGGUUAUUCUCUUGUAAAUUGAUUCUAUGAAGAAAGUUUUGUCUUUAGUUGUAUGACUUAAUUACACUCCUUUGUUGUAUUUAUCUGAUAUAAUUAAAAGAUUAUAAUGCUAAGACACUAAGUUGAACUUGGCAAAAAUUUUACUCUCACAAAAAGAUAACACACAAAUAAUACUUUCAUACAAGCAAUUCUUCACUCCAUAAAAAAAAACUGCUUGUCUUUCAGCUAAAGGAAAAUGAGAAUUUCAAGUUAAAAAGUUAUUUGCACGUUGUGCAUGUGCCUAAAUAUCACUAAGUACUUGUAGUCAAAUAUGCAGUGAGUCUGUCUUCUUAUAUUGUAUAUUAUGCACAUUUGUACAUAUUGAUCAUCAUUAUUUUAUACUUGUAUCAAAAUUAGACUCUCAUGAAAAUACAGGGUAGUUAACACUGUAACAAAAUGUGCUGUUUGUAUAUAUACAAAUAUCUGUAUAUAAGUUAGUAGGAUGUGUUGUGAAACUAAUAAUCAUUGCUUAUAGUGACUGGAAUUCAAAGGUUUUAAGACCAUGUGGCACUUAGUGAGACUAAUAUCUUAACAGAUACAGUGCUUUGCACCGCAGUUUUAAUGGUAAAAUUUUUACUGAUGUAUAUAAAAAUAAAAAUGUUUUGCAUGUAUUGAUAA